AACCUGUGCGGCUGGAGAGAGGAAUAAUAUCUCAAACUCCUAAGAAAUUCCUUAUGUGUUACAGAGAAUAGUUCUUAAUGAACAAGCAAAUGUCUGGUUGAGUUCUUGAGCAUGUUAACAAUGGCAAAAGACAUCUGUCGAGCUAUUGAGUUGCUGGAAAAGUUGCAGAGGAGUGGUGAGGUGCCCCCUCAAAAAUUGCAGGCUUUACAAAGGGUCCUUCAAAGUGAAUUUUGUCAUGCAGUAAGGGAGGUAUAUGAGCAUGUAUAUGAGACUGUGGACAUCAGUAGUAGCCCAGAAGUGAGAGCUAAUGCUACAGCAAAGGCUACUGUUGCUGCUUUUGCUGCCAGUGAAGGUCAUUCACAUCCCAGAGUCGUCGAACUUCCAAAAACAGAAGAAGGGCUUGGAUUCAACAUCAUGGGUGGCAAGGAGCAAAAUUCUCCAAUCUAUAUAUCCCGAAUUAUCCCAGGUGGUAUUGCUGAUAGACACGGGGGAUUGAAGCGUGGAGACCAACUUCUUUCUGUAAACGGAGUGAGUGUUGAAGGGGAACACCAUGAAAAAGCUGUAGAAUUGCUAAAAGCAGCUCAAGGAAAAGUUAAGCUGGUUGUACGCUAUACACCCAAAGUCCUGGAAGAGAUGGAAUCACGAUUUGAAAAAAUGAGAUCAGCAAAACGCAGGCAACAGAAUUAAUACUGAAUUACAUCCAGUAUUAUAGGAAUGGACUGCUUAUAGUAGUCCUUUUUCUGUCUCUUCUCCUCCACAUCUGCUUUACAGGGUGUCACAGAUUUCAGAUUUGGAAAAGGGGCAGGGAUUUUGCUUCUUUUUUCUUCUUCAGCUGGAUGUUAUCUAAGAGACUCAGUUGGAUGCAACUAUGUGCAUAUAAUUUAAGGAAAAGUAUGAUAUUUGCUCAAUUCAUGGAAGCAUUUUAGUGAAAAUAUGUUCAUUUUAUUAAUAAGGUGGUCUUUUACAAACCUUUUGAAUAUUCUGUUUUUCCAGAAGAAAAGUUUACAUAAACAUUUCUAGCUAAAGAUCCUUCUUUGAAAUUCAAACCUGUACUUAUCAAAACAAGUUUGUAAACUGAUUUUCAGCAUUUGUAUCCUCUGUUUUUCUAGUAAUUUUUUCAUUUGGCAUUAUUUAAAAGAGAAAAUCUUUAUUUUGAGUAAAAGAUAUAAUACAAAUCUUGGCACGAAAAUGUGUCAUCUUCAUGCAAAUAGUCAUAAUUGUAUGGAUAAGUACAAUUUGUAUUUUUGAUGAACAAGUUUUUAUGCAUGUUCUUGGUCAUAACUUUAUAUUGUUAUUGACAACUUGGACACCUAACCUUGUUUUAUGAAUAUUUUACAACAGGUGAUCUCUUAUUUAGAAGGUUAGUGUUUGACAUCCUAAAAUCUAGCAGUAAGCAUUCCAAUAAUUUAUACCUUUGUACUGAUCUCUGAACGUUUAGAGAAAUUGCAAAGCUUUGUAUUUCUAUUUAGGAAGGUAAUAUUUACAUGCAGUGCAGAAAAAUUAAGUUUAUAUUCCUAAGUUUUCUUCUCUUGUAAUUCAUUUAUCUAAACAUAGUUUACCAGUGCUAUUCUUGGAGGAUAAAGUAGUCUGUGCUUCUGAUCAUUAUGAUAACUAUUUAUUAUCAUCAGUGUUGGAUGUAGUUUACCUCUGAAUAUCAGUGGCUAGGGAACAUGAUCAGGAAAAUAUACUGUCCUGACGUCCUGCUUGUGGACUUUCCACAGUUAUCUAGCUGGUCAGUGUGGGAAGGAAUGCUGAAUUGGCUUGGUUCCAUCAGGGCAGUUCUUCAUUGAAAGUAAUUGAUGUUAGUGAUCCACUUCAGGAAUGAUUCUGGAUGAUUUUCUAAUGUUUUCUACAGCAUAAGAGCUCAAUCAUUAUGAUUUUGGCUGCUUCCAGCAUGACUUUUAAAAAGCUAAGAAAUGCUGUUCCUUUUUUUAGGAAAGUGUUAAUAUACAAAAUAUAGUCCUCUCUAGGUAAAGAUAACACUUAAAAGUUUUUGCAAAUCUGUUGGCAUGAUUCUAGACUAACACUGAUCUAUCAGAGUUUUCUCUCUGGGCAACUUUCCUGCUUUCAAAUCCUUUAGUAGAAAACUCUGCUGUCUGUUUAAAAACAAACCUGGUACCAGGUAGUCUGCAAAAAAGCUUUUAAUGACUACUGAAGUAAUAUGGAAAUGAAGAAAAUGGGGGCUGGAACUAGUCUGAGCUGUCCUGUCCCUUCCUAUCGUAACUAUUAGUGCUCUGUUUGAAAACUGCAAGGCGCUGAAACUCUUAAGAGUUGCCUCCUGUCUUAAAGCAUGCACUACCAAGCAUAACAAAGUGCGUUUUGCAGCUAGACUUAACGAUAUGCAUUGGACCCCUAUGUUACCUUGUGGGAAUUUCAAGUGAGUGGAAACCUUAUCUGUCUUUGGCCUUUGCUAAGCUACAGUUCUCUUCAUUUCUGAUCACUGGCAGUCCUGAGUCUGAUGGGUGUUAAUCCAGCACUAUCUAGAAGACAUUGGGUUCCUCAUCCCUAUUUUAUAAUGUCAGUUAUCAAGGAGCCUUAACAUUCUCACAAAAUUGACCUUUAUUUUUCAUGCAGUGAGUGUGGCCAUUCACUUUGCUCCCUGGAGUACGAGGCCAUUGGAUACAACAUUCAUUGGAUACAUUGUAUCCUGGCUGGUUUUCUGUUUUCUUUCUCUCCAUUGCCUUUUGGCAUUUUUAAAGAAAUUAAGCCACCGUAUUUCCUUCUGCAUUAGUAUUAUACUAACUGUAAUGUGUAAUGUGAGGGAGACAAUACUUCGUUCUGCCUUCCCUACAACCCCCAGGGCCGCAACUAGGAGGGGGCAAGCAGGGCAUGUGCCCCAGGCGCUGUGCUUGGGAGGCCCCAAAAUUAGCGUUGGGGGGACACCAAAAUGGGUGCAGAAUCCAUGUUUGCCCCAGGUGACAGAGACCCUAGUUGCAGGCCUGACAACCCCUACCUUUAACGUUUCAAUUAUGAGGUAGAUGUGUGGAUCCUUGGGGUUCCCCCCUCCCAUUUGUCAUAUCUCUUCAGCUUUACUCCUUGACUGAGAUAAAACUGUUAAUCUUCCCACCUAUUAUGGAACUAAAAGAAGACAUUUAGUUUGCACCUUAAGAAUCCUUGAUAUGAUCUAUUUAACAUUUCCCUGAAUGUCUGCUGUAUGUUAUUGCUCAAAUGAGUAAAUGUGCUAUAACACCUGUCUUCUGAAUGACUAGAACAACAUGCAGUAAAAUAUCGAAGGUCAUAGGAGUAGUCUUUUCUUUGUAUGACAGCAUAAUCUUGUUUAAUAAGGAACCAUAUAAAAAUUAGUAGGCUGGUACAAGCAAUUGUAAAUGCUUCCUUGGCAUUUAGCUAUUGUGAGUUUGCCUGGAAUAACAAAGCAUAGGUUACAGAAAUCCAGCAACUAUAUGAAUUGUAGUUUUUCAGUUUGAUAAAACUGAGCACUGAAUUGCAGCCCGCAGCAGGAAACAAUCUGUAGAACCAUGUGGUUUAAUUGUAUAUUUUUAUGAAGCAAUUGAUAUUUACUAAGACCAAGCGAAGUAGUUGGGCCAAUCAGGAAAUACUUUAAUUUUAUAAAACUAGAAUUGUGUUGGAGUUUACUAUAUUCAAGAGAAGGAUGGGAUGAGAUAAAGGCUAUUACAAAAUGUAUUCAUGUAUUGAACAUAGUGUGCUUUUAUCACUCUAAAUAAAUAGUUUGGAGUAGCUAGGGCUACUGUAGAGUUUUAUAAUAUAAUAUUAUGCAAACUUACUUGGAAGUAAUCAUUCAGUGAACAUAAGAUUGUAAUCUGCAAGUUAGUUCUUAAUAACUCAUGUUUUUUUCUUAAGUCUGACUGUGGGGUUUUGUGGGCUUGUCCUAAAAAUCUGUAACAUUAAAUCAUGAUUGUAGGGAGGAAUAGACAAUGGCAAAAACUCAUGACUUAUUAACAGCAAGGAGCAAGUAAAAAGGAAUAGAGGAGGGCAAGAAAAAACUAAUCAUAUUCUUUAAAGUUAAGUAAAUUGAAACUGAAAGAUUCACCCCAAAAUAUCUCUUAGUUGCUGUAAACCAUAAUUAUUCAUAAAUGGGUUCCUGUGGCAAGGUUGAAUUGCCAUUUUUAAAGUAGGAUUAAAUUUGUUGGAGAAUCAAGAAAUUAACAUAUACGGAACAUAAGCAGUGACUACAUCGUAAUGAAGUAUGUGCACAUAUGCAAUAAUUUAACCAGCAAAGAUUAAACAAUACUUUGUAUAGUCAUUAUGUAUUUAUUGCUGUUCCACAGGUCCCCCCCCCCUUUUUUAGGAACUUGAAAAUAAAGAUUUGAAAUUUCA